GUCAUGGACGUAACCCAGUCUUGUUGGCCAACUUGAGCCAAUUCAAGUUACAACAGGAAGAGUACAAGGAAACUACGAAGUUGGUGGACGAAGCCCUCGUGGAAACUUGGAGUAUCCCGAGUAUGAACCCGGUGGUCCCACCUAAGUAUGAAGUCCAUCUGCAUCAGCUCCUGAUCGACCCGCCUACUUUCAACGAUGUGAGACUGAAUUAG